AUGGCUGCAGAACAGAGAAAGCUGCUCGAGCAGCUGAUGGGUGGCUCAGCCAGCACCCGCGCCGCCUCGCUUUCCAUGACCGACCCCAAAGUUUGCAGAUCUUUCCUCGUCGGCACAUGCCCUCACGAUCUCUUCACAAAUACUAAGCAGGACCUGGGUCCCUGUCCAAAGCAGCACUCUGAGGCGCUCAAGGCCGAGUACGAGGGCCUCUCUGACAAGGAGAAGCAGAAGUAUGGAUUCGAGUACGACUACAUGCGCGACCUUCAAAAGUAUAUCGACGACUGCAACAGGAGGAUAGACUCGGCUCAGCGCAGGCUCGAGAAGACCCCUGACGAGAUCCGUCAAACAAAUGCUCUGUUGAAAAGCAUAUCAGAACUCUCCUCCACCAUUCACAACGGCACUCUCGAAGUUGAGAUUCUGGGUGAAAUGAGCGAAGUGUCCCGCGCCAUUGACGAAUUCUACCGGGUACGGCAAGCGCAGCAGACGAAGCUCGAUCGCGAGAAGGAGCUCAAGGCCCUCUCUGACACCUCGGGCCCAUCUGGCCACCAGAAGCUGCAGGUCUGCGACGUGUGCGGCGCCUACCUUAGCAGGCUGGACAACGAUCGCCGCCUAGCAGACCACUUUUACGGAAAGAUGCACUUGGGGUAUGCGCAGAUGCGCAAGACUUUCGACGCGUUCCCGAAGGAGAUGCGCCAUCGCCAGCGGGCGCCGAUCGAGGACGACGGCAUGGGGUCCGGCGGCCCCAGGGGGCCCAGAAGUGGCGGCGGCUACCGGGGUCGCGGAGGCAGAGGAUACCGUGGCGGAUGGUAG